AGUCCAUCAGCGUGAAGAAGUGGCUGCAUAGACUGGACAAAUAAGUUGGGACACAGUCCAGCCAGUGUCAUUCAACAAAUGAAGAACCAGCCAACGCUACACUCUGCUGAUGCCCACAUCACGCAACAGGGCUCUGCUCCUCAGACUUGCCUGCCUGUCACUUCGCUUGUGUCGUAAAGCUAGGCUACGCACCCCUCUGUCGGACCACCGCACGGAGAGCCAGCCGCCGUCGAACCCCCACCCCCUUCCCCCGAGGCUUGGGCUUGCCCCUCACGGCACCAACCAUGGCGACCACCGGAACGUCCACCCGGUUUACUGACGAGUACCAGCUGUACGAGGAGCUCGGGAAGGGAGCUUUUUCAGUGGUGCGCCGAUGUGUCAAGAAAUCCUCCGGGCAGGAAUACGCCGCCAAAAUCAUCAACACCAAGAAGCUAUCUGCACGAGACCACCAGAAGCUGGAGCGCGAGGCUCGCAUCUGCCGGCUCCUCAAACACCCCAACAUCGUGCGACUGCAUGACAGCAUUUCAGAAGAGGGCUUUCAUUACCUCGUCUUUGACCUGGUGACAGGAGGGGAGCUUUUUGAAGAUAUCGUAGCCAGGGAGUACUACAGCGAGGCCGACGCCAGUCAUUGCAUUAGUCAGAUCUUGGAGAGUGUCAAUCAUAUCCACCAGCAUGAUAUUGUGCACAGAGACCUCAAGCCUGAGAACCUGUUGUUGGCCAGUAAGAUGAAGGGAGCUGCAGUGAAGCUGGCAGACUUCGGCCUGGCUAUUGAGGUGCAGGGAGACCAGCAGGCUUGGUUUGGCUUUGCGGGCACGCCUGGCUAUCUGUCUCCGGAAGUCCUUCGGAAGGACCCCUACGGCAAGCCCGUGGACAUAUGGGCUUGCGGUGUUAUUCUCUAUAUCUUGUUAGUUGGUUAUCCUCCAUUCUGGGAUGAGGAUCAGCACAAGUUAUAUCAGCAGAUCAAAGCCGGAGCCUACGACUUUCCUUCUCCCGAGUGGGACACAGUGACCCCCGAGGCCAAGAACCUGAUCAACCAGAUGUUGACCAUCAACCCGGCCAAGAGAAUCACUGCCGAGCAGGCUCUCAAGCACCCGUGGGUCUGCCACCGCUCCACUGUGGCAUCCAUGAUGCACAGACAGGAAACUGUCGAGUGCCUCCGCAAGUUUAACGCUCGCCGAAAACUCAAGGGAGCCAUCCUCACCACCAUGCUGGUGUCCAGAAACUUCUCAGUGGGCCGGCAGCAUACCAACUCUGCUGCUGCCGCCUCCUCCACUGCCUCACUGGCUCAGGAAGCAUGCAAAAGUUUACUCAACAAGAAAUCCGACUCUGCUAAGCCUUCCACCAACAACAGUAAGAACAGUAUAGUGAGCGCCAUCAAUGCCCUGAAAGACAGCAACAUGGCAACCAACGCCCAGAUGGAAUCUCAAAGCACGGUGGUCCACAACCCUCCCGAUGGCAUCAAGGGGUCAACAGAGAGCAACGCCACCAACGACGAGGAAGAAAUGAAAGCGGACAGUUCAGCGCUGAGUCUGAGCAGCGCCACCGAGGAGAUGCCCCCACUUCUGCCCUCACCUCAAAGCUCACCUGCCAUACCACCGCAUGACGUAAAGCGCAUGGCUUGGAACAGCACGGGCAACAGCGACUCUGAACUGUCCUGCGCGCCCGCCGCCGCCGCCGCCACCACCGUCGCUCCAGUAGGGGGCAACAACUCUGCCGCUGCUCAAAGCAAUGUUAAGCAGAGCCGCAAGCAGGAGAUCAUCAAGAUCACCGAGCAGCUGAUUGAAGCCAUCAACAAUGGCGACUUUGACGCCUACACGAGGAUUUGUGAUCCCGGGCUCACUUCCUUCGAACCCGAGGCUCUGGGAAACCUGGUGGAGGGCAUGGACUUCCACAAGUUCUACUUUGAAAACUUGCUGAGCAAGAACAACAAGCCGGUGCACACCACCCUGCUCAACCCGCACGUGCACCUGAUCGGCGAGGACGCGGCGUGCAUCGCGUACAUCCGCCUCACGCAGUUCGUGGACUCGGGCGGCCGCCCGCGCUCCAGCCAGUCGGAGGAGACCCGCGUGUGGCACCGCCGCGACAGCAAGUGGCUCAAUGUUCACUUCCACUGCUCGGGAGCGCCCGCCGCGCCACUACAGUGAUCAGAUUUCAUGGUGACGUUGCGUCCCGGUGUCGUUUGUCCCCUCAGUGGUCCUGAGCCUCCACUGUGCCGGUGGAGGCGUUCUGGGGGGCAGUUUUUUUCCGGCGAGUGUGUUUGGGGGGCCCCAACGCCCCCGCGUGGAUCGGCUAGCGCCAGGAGCCCGGCCGGGCCAGACGGCAUCCCUCUCCGCGACCACCAACCGACCCCCCCCAGUGUCCUCCUUUGACCCCGCGGGGGGGCGCCGGCCGAGCACAAGACAACGCCCGGCCCCCCCUGCCGCCCGCCCCCUCCUCCCACGUGGGAUGUGAUGCAUGCAUCUUGGCGCCCGCCUGACCGCGGAGGGCGUGUCUUUGCCCUCUCGCGCCUCCCCUCGGCGGCCAUCUUUGUUCAGCCCCGCCCGCGCCGGACGAGGCGUCGCGGGGGAGGAGGCGACUUACACUUGUGACAGUUUAUGAGUAUGAGUUAUGAAUAUACUAUGUAAAUUAUGACUUAGAUGUUCCAGAAACCCACCAAAACCCCAGCAAGCAUUUAUCUCGUCUGUGUAAUGAGGGAGAAGCGGAGACGUUGGAUUUUGUCGCGGCGUAAAAAGCCCUUGUGGCUUAUGAAAGGGAACCGGGGAGCGUGUGGACGAGCCCGAGAGGGUGACGACAAAACUUGAUAUCAUGAAGCACCAAAGUGUAGAACUUUAGGCGUUUUGCGUGUUUAGACCGUUUUCCCACCCCCACACUUUGGAAAGCCGAUUUAAGCUUGUGUUGUUUUUAGAGUUCUGUGACGAGCCUCGUUUUAUUUUAUUUUUUGUCCUGUUGUGUUUGUCUGACUGGCUACUUUUUAAAAAGUGCUUUUUAGAAGGAACAAAAAAAAAAAAAUCAGAAGAAGGAUUUUUAUCGUGAGUUUGAAAACGCUUCCCGCGCACGUCCUGUCCUGUCUUGUCCGUAUGCCGCAAUGGGGUGGAUGGGUUUGAUAAUGCGGCAGAUAGAGGGCGCCGCUGAGAAAGGGACUGCCUCGCAUGAGGCGAUCGCAUGCGCGCCCUGACCGCCUCGUCCGUCCUUCGCCUUCUGGUCUGUUAUUUUCCUGUUGGGCCUGGUUUGUUCCUUUUCACUGUGUAAAUACAGUGUGUGUAUAGAUGUAUGUAGAAAUGUGUAUCAUAUGUACAUGCAUCCUGUGCACCUCAGCAGUUUCUUCGACUUUGCAGGUUUCCAUUCAACAUUUUUUUUUUUUUUCUGUUUUGGGCGGCCCAAAGUUUUGUGUCCUACCACUUUUUAAACGUCAUAACGCGCACGCCUGGUGCUGUUUGACGUAUCCGCCCCACAAUGUUGUUUGGUUUGCACCUGCACCACUUUGUAGUGUGGUCCCCCCCACCCACUGCAAUGUUUUCAUCACCCCACUGUUGUGAGCCACACCACCACAAUCUUGUGUGAUUUGAGCUCACCCCACAAUGUUGUGAUCCCCAUCCAACACUUAAUGUCGUAAUCUGCACACGCCUCACAAUCUUGUGUGAUCUUCAGCCACCAAAGUAUGUUGUGUAAUCUUGACUGCUCCCAUCAUCACAUUGUGGUCCACUUCACCCCGAAACAUUGUGAUCUUCUACCCCCCCCCCCUACAAUGUUGUGUGAUCCCCAGCCACCCCAUAAUUUUGUGAUCUUCACUUGUCCCACAGUGUUGUGUAAUCUACACUCCCACAAUCUUGUUUAAUCCUCCCAUCUGUCCCACACUUUUUUUUUUGGUGAUCUGUAGCUAACCCAUAAUAUUGUGGUCCACUGCUUCUCACUAAGUUUUCGUCUCCUCCCGUCCAAUAAUGUUGUGAUUGUUAUCCGCCCUACAAUGUUGCGUGAUCUGCACCCACCCAACUGCGUUAGGUGCGCACACCCCACAGUGUUGUCAGCCAAACCAGUCCAAAAUGUUGUGAUACACACUGGCCCAAAAGGUUUUGAUCAGCACCCACUCCACAAUGUGAUGUGUUCCAUUCCCACAGUGUUGUCCUCCAAACCGGGCCGAAACAUUGUGAUGGACACCGCCUCGUUAUUUGGUGUGAUUUGCACUCGCCCCACAAUGUUGUAUGAUCUGCAUCCCAGCCCACAAUGUUGUGUGCUCUUCCCCCCCCCCCCCCCCCCCACCAAAGCUUAGCACUUGUCUGCCCCUCCUGAACUUUGAUGUUGCCUCCAUUGUCUUGGCAAUGUUUUGUCAGUGGCUGUCAAUUUUUUGUCUUUUUUUUUAAUUGCCAAGUUGCCAAGCUGGAGUUCUGCACGCGACCCGCAGGAAGUUGGGCUAGGAAGUGAUUGCGACAUACUCACACACAUGCACGUAUUUGAUUACGAUUGCAACCGAGAAAAACGACCUCUGGUGGUUUUAAAAAGAAUUGUGCCUGCUCUGUUCUGGACGGGUGGGGGAGUCUCUAAAAGAGAGAGCGAGCAAGAGCACUAGUUACUAUUAUGCAUGUUUCAGUUACGCAUUUCUACCAUGUACCUACCUGAAUGAGGACGGAGCUCUACUAGUGUUAAUAAUAUUAUGACGAUACUUGCAUCUUUUGAGAUUUCCUCCAUCUCGAAUGUUGACUAGGUGACAUGAUAAAUAAACUUUUUUUUUGUUAAAUCAAAAAGAAAAAAAACAAAGGGGAAAAAAAGGAUGCCGGAGCCGACGCUUGGUAUGAGGCCCUCGAUGUUUUUUCCCCCUGCGUUGUUUAUGGUAUGAUAUUUGGGCUGCGCUUAUUUUCUCCCCUUGCCCUUCCACCCUCCCUGCCACCCUUACCUUACCUUUCCUUACCUUACCUUACCCAGCCUUCACGCGGACGCUGGACUUUUUUUUUUUUUUUUUUUUGCAUGAUCAUGAUGUACAAUGAAAUAACAACCAUUUGAAUUGACGACUAUAAAGUGUUUGUCUGAGUGUUAGUUGGUCUUCAUCCUAGCUUUGUUAUUCUUCAGACUUGGAUCUUCAAAGUAUUUAAUAAAAAUACUAUUUCAGCACCCCG